GGCGCGCGGGACGUGCCGCCGCGUCGUCGCGGGCUCAAUGGGCGGUGGCAGAGCAUGUGUACUCUGCUGUUGCUCGCCUGGGACCCUCUAGCCGGCCAGAGGCUGAAGCCAGGGGCUGCGGGAACACGGCCGCGGAGGAAGAGGGCAAGGACAGCCGGAGGCAGGCCGGGCGUCCCUCUCCGAGGCUGAAGGGCCCGGGCUUCGUGGGGGUCAUGGCAUCGCUGGCGGAGAGAAUGAGGGGCAAUGGGCGCAUCGCCGCCGGGCUCUUGCUCAACCUGCUGGUGUCCAUCUGCAUCGUGUUCCUCAACAAGUGGAUCUAUGUGCACCACGGCUUCCCCAACAUGAGCCUGACCCUGGUGCACUUUGUGGUCACCUGGCUGGGCUUGUACCUCUGCCAGAAGCUGAACAUCUUUGCCCCCAAGAGUCUGCCGCCUUCCAAGCUCCUCCUCCUGGCCCUCAGCUUCUGUGGCUUCGUGGUCUUCACCAACCUUUCUCUGCAGAACAACACCAUCGGCACCUAUCAGCUGGCCAAGGCCAUGACCACGCCGGUGAUCAUAGUGAUCCAGACCCUCUGCUACAAGAAAACCUUUUCCACCAAAAUACAGCUCACGCUGAUUCCUAUAACUUUAGGUGUAAUCCUAAAUUCUUAUUACGAUGUGAAGUUUAAUUUCCUUGGAAUGGUGUUUGCUGCUCUUGGUGUUUUAGUUACAUCCCUUUAUCAAGUGUGGGUAGGAGCCAAACAGCAUGAAUUGCAAGUUAACUCAAUGCAGCUGCUGUACUACCAGGCUCCAAUGUCAUCGGGCAUGUUGCUGGUCGCAGUGCCCUUCUUUGAGCCACUAUUUGGAGAAGGAGGACUCUUCAGCCCCUGGUCAGUUUCUGCUUUGCUUAUGGUGCUUCUAUCUGGAGUAAUAGCUUUCAUGGUGAACUUAUCAAUUUAUUGGAUCAUUGGGAACACUUCACCAGUCACCUACAACAUGUUUGGACACUUCAAGUUCUGCAUCACCUUAUUUGGAGGCUAUGUUUUAUUUAAGGACCCGCUGUCAGUUAAUCAGUGUCUUGGCAUGUUAUGUACAUUAUUUGGCAUUCUCGCCUAUACCCACUUUAAACUCAAUGAACAGGAAGGAAGUAAGAGUAAAUUGGUACAACGUCCUUAAUUGUUUUUUUGUGGAGAAAAAAAAAUCACCCCAAGAAGACUAAAAAAAUGUUAAGCAUGCAAGUUGCUUUCAAAGAAGAAAAAAAAUUACAUUGCAGAAUUCAAUGAAUGAUAGUUUACAAGAAGUAACACAAAGGGAAUUUUAUAUGACUUUUUCAGUUAGAGUACCUUUAUUUUUAAGAGCUUAAUUCACGCCUCUUUUCAAAGGUCAUGAUUGUAUGAAGUAUGUAGGAUGGUUUGGUUACACCAAAUGAAGUACAUGAAUUUAAAGUUCUGUAACAGCGACAAAGGACUUCAUAUCACUAAACCACAGAUGUGUCCUGGGAGUUAAGUGUUCAUACUCUUCCAAAGAAGGACUCAUAGGACUUCUCUGCUUGCUUGUGGGUGGUCCCCAGUGUGAGCUCUCUUAUCAUUUUGGCCAGCAUUCAAGUCAGAAUUUAAACCUAGCAUUUCUGUUUUAGUUGGUUUAGUAUAACUUCCUGCUUAAUUCAUUUGUAGAAAUCCUAUCUAAUAAAGAGGAAAUAUGCUAAUUGACCCUCACACCAUUGCAAAGAUGGCAGCGCCCACAGCCAAUAAGGAGGGAGUAGGCUAAUUGACUGCCACACCCUCAAAGAUGGCAGUGCCUAUAGCCACAAGAUGGCAGCACCCAGUUCCCUCAGCCCCCCAGCCGCCCAGGGCUGCCCGAGGCUCAGGUAACCAGGGCCAGCUGAGGCUUGUGCUGCCAGCAGUGGCAGCAGCAGAGGUGUGAUGGGGGCGUCGCCUUCCCCUGAUCACCAGGUUGCCUCCUGCCCCUGAGGGCUCCUGGACUGUGAGAGGGGACUGGCUGGGCUGAGGGAUACCACCCCGCCCCAGUACAUGAAUUUUCAUGCACCGGGCCUCUAGUGAAAUAUAAUUUAUAGAAAACAAAGUGUAGGACAGAAAACCAUAAAACAAAGUCCAAUUCCAAUAGUACUGUUUUUCCAGUGGAAAAUUGAUGUAAAAAGUUAUACAUUAUCCAAAAGAAAAAACCCUGCAGUUUCUAUUGGUAUUCUCUUGUUUUCAAGCUCUCAGAGAACUCUACAAAGGGUAUGUGAAGUUAAAAAACAAAAUAGCUCCAUGUUCAACUGGCCCAAAGGAAAGACUAUAGAUGGAAUUGGACAGGUUUCUUAUUAUCUUGGUAACUGUUCUCCUGGCCUCUUUGAGCCUUUCAUGUUGGCAAUUUCUCUUUUUUUUCUUCUUUUCCUUUUUAAAUCCUCACCCAAGGAUAUGUUUUCCAUUGAUUUUAGAGAGAGGAAGGAGAGAGAGAGAGAGAGAGAGAGAGAGAGAGAGAGAGAGAGAGAGAGAGAAAAACAUUGAUGUACAAGAGAAACAUCAAUUGGUUGCCUCCCAUAAGUGCCCCAGGGACUGAACCUACAACCCAGGUAUGUACCCUGACCAGGAAUGGAACCCACAACCUUCCCCUGUACAGGAUGAUGCUCCAGCCAACUGAGCUCAUGUUAGUAAUUUCUUAAUACCACCCCUCUGCUAUUACUUCCUACUGCCCCGGUCACCCCAGCCCCCAUUUGAGGCAUUAGUGGGGCUUCCUUUGGCAUUGAGUAUCUGGAGUGAACUGUCCAGCCUUAAGGUGGCUGAGGAAAAUUCUUACACAAAGGUCAUGGCAAAUGCUAUCCAAACACAAAGCAAAAACUUGGUGAAAAUGUUAGGAAAUAUUUGAAAGAGAAGUAGAAAAAUUAUCAAUGUUUAGUUCUAUGAGUUUUUAAAGGAAUCAAUUUUUAAUUUUAAUUUUUUUUCUUAAAUGUUAUUGAUUUUUAAAGAGAGGAAGGGAGAGAGAGAGAAACAUCAUUGGGAUAGAGAAACAUUGAUCAAUGCCUUCAAACACACCCCGACCAGGGAUCGAACCCAGAACCUGGAUAUGUGCCCUGACCAGGAAUCGAACUGCUACUUUUUGGUGGACAGGACUAUGCUUAACCAACUGAGCCACACCGGCCGGGACAGGAAUAAUUUUUUUUUAAAUUAGGCGAUAGGGGAAACACAAAAUCCCACCCUAGGAGACACAUAGUGCCAUAUAUUUAAUUGCAAAUUUAUUUCUGCCUUCCAACUUCUUGACAUUAGAACAUUAAAAGCAAUUGUUGUUAACCUCUCACAAUGAGUUGACUGAGACAGAUAAACCCUCUUGUAACAAAUAAUUCUUUUUCUAAAUAUUAUUUUUAAACUUUAAAUGAGAAAGCAACUCUUAAGAGGACAAAGCCAUGUGGGUUUUUUAGGAUUUUUUUUUUCCUGACUUGUUUGAAAUGAAAGCCUCAAGGAAAAUCUAUUUUGACAGAAUUUCAGUGUUAUCAGUCAAUCUGUUGUAUGAUUAGUAUGUGUGAUUUUUCUGCUUGUGUUUUAAAUAAUCUUUGAUUCUCAGUUUCUGAAAAUGUAUCUUACUGUGCUAGGAAGUACAGAACAAUUUGUCUUAGCAGAUGAGCCUCAGGCAUUGUUUGUCAACUGCAGUUCUCUGUGUACAUAAUUAUUUCCCCAAAGCUGGGGAAAAGUAUGUCAGCACAGUGAGGAUCAUGUGGUGUCUGUGCACUAGCAGCUGAGUUAACCUGUGCCAUGUACACAUUCUCCUUAACUGUAAAUACAAGUUCGGGGGGGGGGGUUUAGUAAAUGUUGGGGAAGGGUUAUAAUGAAUGACUGAUGUCAGUAGGAAUGCAGUGAGAAAGUUGGAGGGGUACAUAUAUGUAAGUGAAUAAAAUGUGUACUCCUGGACCUAGAGGCUGGUGAACAGAUUUGGCCCUGAAGACGGUCUUCCCAUUGACAAGGAAGGAAAUUCCCAGGGAAAAUGUUCCAGAUGACCAGGACCAGCCCAGAGGCACACUGGAAGCUUGGUGCUGUGGAGGACACCGCCGUCCUGUUACAGAUAUAACUGCACUUGUUUUUUAUCCUAUGUUACAUGACUGGACUUUCAGUUUUUACCUGUAAAAUAAAGAGAACCUGAUGUUUUCA